UUUGAAUAGACCGGGUGUGCAGCCAGAGCUUGAGCUGCAACUGCUCUCAUGAAGGGAAAGCGUUCUGCUGUUCCGGUUUAGACUUUCUGCAGCGUCUCUCUCUGCUUCUCGUCUGCUCCACUCUGUCUCCAGCCUCUCUUUCUCUGCAUCUGAGCGUCUUCUGGGUGCUGGUGGUCAGGAGGAAGAUGACAGUUGUGGGCACAAAGUUUGCAUUAUGACAUAUCAGAGGUGAUCUUUUUUUUUUAAUUGAUGCUUCUAAUUAAGAAAGAGGGCGGGGCCUUUUUUGUUGGUGAAUGUGACGUGUUUUCUACGGCUAAAAGAUCAGAAUUGGAAGUUUUUGAUAUUUUUCUUAGGGAUAAAUGACAUUUACGGCCCCCUCUGUGCUCCACGCUGUGGACCGGCUGGGGAGGGAGGCGGUGGUGACGCCUGGCAGCGCGUGCAGCUCAGAGACAUGACUUUGAAGGAGCAGGCAGACUCAGGAAACAGAAGAAGCGCGCGCAUCCAUCUGAGGACGGGGGGAAUGAUAAAGUUGGAGUUAUUUUAGAGCGAAAAAGGGAGGGGGGUGGGGGUGUUGGAGCGCAGCAGAUUUUCAAUUCAGGGGCCAGGAUCAGGCUGGACCAGGCUUUAGCGCAUGUAGGGGAGGAGGGAGGUGGCGGCGGUGGUGGAGGGGGGGCUGAGUUUCACAGGAUACGGGCCUAGUAGUAGAGCCGUUGGGUCUGUGUUCACCCGCCUCCAAAAAACUGGAAAUUCGCACCUUUAAACGUCAAAAUGAGCAGAUUCGAGGUCACGAUCGCGAAGGCCGACACCGGAAUGGAGGUGACAAUGCCAUCAUGAGCGGGCCUUCCUCAGGCCCUGGAAGAAAGAGUCUUCAUGCCAGCUGCCCUUUGACCUCUACCCGUGACCUAUCCACCCACUCAGGCCCGUCCAGACGGCACAGUCACAAGGUGGACCUAACGAUGUCUGCAGCGGCUUCCUCCCUCAAGCACACGUCCGUCUACGCGUUUGCACAGGUGGACUCCUCCUCCACGUUGCCGUCUUCUUCCUACAGCCCUCUGAGGAGGCUGCAGCAUCUCACCACCAUGGUGAGCCAGUCUGACUUGGUCUUGCCUCUGAAGGAGCCGGAGAGCGCCUGGAAGUGGGGGCCACAGAAGAGUGAUAGGGUGGAGGUGGAGAAGAACUCCUGGUCUGAUUGCAGAAAGUUUUCUGGCUGCCAGACGGCCAGAGAGGAGACACCUGCUCAGCCUGCUUUUGGACAAAAGCAAGCUGAGGCUCAAAAGGGAAGAUCUGACUUGGACUCUGCACGUUUUGCAGAUUCUGUGGGUUCCGAGAAGAAGGCCGAAGGGUGUUUCUCGGGCCCACCCAGCCCAGCCUUCUCUCUGGACAGUAACAGCCCCUUUGCAAACGGCUUGCUCCACUUUGAGUCUUCUUUAUUUGAGGAUGAAGAUAACGACGAGGAGCAAGAGACUACAUCUCCCAUUGGAGGUUUGAGGGACAGAGAGCAGAGGAUGGAGAAUCCUUCCGAGUCUUCUCCUCGGAAACUGAGUUCAGACUCUAAGGACGCUACGCUGCCCUCAGCGAAAGUGGUCACACGCUCCCAGUCGUCUGGUCUACGCAGGAGAUACUGGGACGGCUCAGAAGAUGAGUGGUACAGCGACUCUGAGCUGUUCCUGUUUGAUGACAGCUCUUCAAAGCAAUCAAUGCAGCAAAACAGCCUGAAGAAAAAGUCUUUGCCGCCUCUGAAGUUUGUUGAGGGCGAAGUGGUUUGGGCAAAGUUCAACCGAAGACCAUGGUGGCCGUGUGAGGUGCUUGUUGACCCUGCACAGGGAGUCUACCACAAAGUGAAAGAACCCAGUGACCGGCCUUGUCGGCUUUACUACAUCCGGACCUUUGGGCAGCCCGAAGAGCUGGUCUGGGUCGAGGACAAAUCAAUCCACACGUUCCAUGGAGGAUUUGAAUUUGAAAGACUUCUUCUGCGCCGGAGAGGGAAACAAAGGGUGCAGAACAACAAAUGCACUAUUGCAAAGCGUUUCCAGGAAUCGUGGAAGUUCAGUGUGGCAGAGGCUGAAUCUGUUUUGCCUGGUCGACCAAAAAUGGCCUCCAUGUCUUUCUCCAUGGAUGACCUGUGCCACUUCAGCUCCCCACCAGAGAGCGAAAAGAAGACCCAGCCAACUUUCACUCCUUUCACUUUACCUGCCUGCACUCUUUCUGAAACAUCGCACUUAACUAAUGGAUCCCUUCCCUCUCCGAUCAUAACUCCAGAAAAGCCAAGCACUUUAGGUAAAUCCUCCAGCAAGAAGAAGAGCAAAUCCUCAAAGGAUCCCAACAGUAAACACGCUAAAAAGACACUGCACAGUAGCCCUAAAGACGCAGACAGAAACAAUGAAGAAUGUCCGUACUCAGACCUUGAGUCAGUCCCUAAAAUUUUGUGUCCUAAAGCACUUGAACGUCAAACAAACUCAGUUCCCUCCCAACCGUCUGUCAUGGUAGCCAAAGAGCUGAAGAAGCAGCCAGAGGUUCAGAGUGGUCUUUGGUUCAGCAAAUCAGGCAAAGACAGACGACCUAAGACUACCAGUCCCAUACCAGACCGCUCUCUCUUCAGUAAGGCGCCCUCGAAGAAAAAGAACUCAUCUACUGUUUGUAAAAAGACACUUGUUACAUCUACCCCCUCCUAUGUUAGUGGAUCUGGAGACCCAGUAUUGCUGUUAGAUAAGAAUAAACCAGCAGAAACCAGUGCGGUACCCCAAAAAACAAGCACCUUGAAUUGUACGAACAAUCAGGCUGGUAUUAAGACUUCAGAUUCAGUUGAAGCUUCUGUGGACCAGCCUGACUCGUUGGACAGAGAGAAUAAUCUGCCUUCAGUUCAGGUAGUGUGUUUAAAGGCUAGACCGUCAUUCACUAAAUCAAAGGAAUCUGUUACUGACCCGUCAUCUGGCAAGAGUGAAGACACAGAUGAUAAAAGAGCGCCAGAGCUCUCGAAGAAUGUUGAUUCUGAUGGUCAAUCCAGCCUUCUUAAGAGUAAAAAGAAUGUCAGUGAAACUAAAAAUUCAGUCAAGAAUGCUACUAAACCAGUAAACGACACUAUUUUUGACCAAGAAAAGAAAACAGAUGAGACUAUAAAGCCUUGUUUACAAUCUAAAUCAAAUGACUCGUUAUCAAUCCUGGAGAAGCAAAAAAAUUUAGUCUCUAAGUGUAGGUUGCCCUAUGUAAAAUUGAUACGCAAGGAGAUUAAGGAUAGGAGGUAUCUAAACUCAAGCGGGACUUUUUUUCUCGCUGACUUGUGCAAAGAGAAAGAAAAGGGAUCUGAUGUGACAAAAACAUGUGAAUCCCCACAGAAAGAGAGUAGAACAAGUGCCUCCAAAGAUCACAGCGUGGCUGAACCUGUAAAGGUCUCUGUAAAGAAAGUCAAAACUAUCGAUAGGUCUGGUAAGCUUCAUCUCUCCUCAGACCAGUCAGUCGGGAGUAGGACUGAGGUUUCCGGUGUGUCUACUGUUGACCUGGGUUCUAAAUUAGUAGAAGAAGAACCCGUUUUAAAUGCAAAAUCAAGCAAAGAGUCUCAGUCAUCGUCCAAACAAACAGACCAUUCAGAAUGCAAGAACAAUCCUGGUUCUGUUGUGCCAAACAAGUCCUCUGAGCCGGAAAACGGUGCAGAAGAACACGUUUCAUCCAUCUCACCGUCGACUGCAAAUGCUGUGCCGGGUCACCGUGAAGAGGAGCCGCAGUGUGAGAAUUCCCUCACGCCUGAAAGCUUUCAUCCGGGAAAACCCAAGAAGGUUUCCAGCAAAUGUAAACGUGUUCGAGAUGUGAAUAAAGUCCUACGGACGCAACCCGCACACCUACCAGCCAGCAAUCGUCUGAUGACGAGAGCGCUGAGGGCCAUGAACGAUUCAACAAAACAGGACAAAGUUGGAAAGAAAGCUGAGCAAAAGCAGAUCCACAAAUCUUUCAGAAAGGCUGAUCAAGUUGUGAAGAAUCAUAAACUUAAACAUGAGUUUCAAACGAAAAUAAAAGCUUUGAAAUCCCACCAUACUGACAAAAGUGAACUUGGUCAGGGUAAAAUUUCAAGCAACUGUUCCCCGUCUUUAAUGUUUUCUGAUUCAAAUGACUCUGAAGAUGUCAAGAGUGAAGAUGAAGACCAUUCAAUAUCCUCAACACCACCGAUGGACUUCAUACCGCUUACUUCAAAAGUCAAAACAAAGUAUGAGGGUCAAUCCUCUGACAAAUACUCACCAUCUCCUCCAUCACCCUUUUCCUUUCUCAGAGCUUUCAGAAAUGUGGAGGAAGUUUCCUUCCAGUCUCUCGGGGCUGACAGAAGUGGUAAGCCCAUUUCUCUCAAGCCAAAGCCAAACUGCAAGUUCAGCACUUUUCUCAUGAUGUUAAAGGACUUGCAUGACACCAGGGAGCGGGACGGAGCGCCACUCGAGCUGGAGAUUGGACCACCGAGCGCACAUGUUAAGGAGGAGCCCUUGGUGAUGCCAGGAGAAGAUGCAUCUGCAGGACGGGAUCAAGAAACUUCAUCUGCAGGACAGGAUCAAGAAACUGCAUACGCUCUGAGCGAUUCGAGUGCAAUCACAGACAAAAGCGUGGAGGCUUUUACUGAAGGAGGUGCGAGUCGGACACCGAAGAAGUCCACCAACAGGAGAGGCAACGCUGGCUGGUUCAAAAGGAAACCCAACCGCAGGGCGCCUUGUUCUCCUGCCAAGUCUGGACCUGGUUUUCCAGGCCUGGAGUCUCUUUUAGAAAUGAUGCCAGCAGAGGACUCCCUGGAAAACAUGGAGUGGUCAUCAAGAGUUGUGGACUUCCAGAGCAGCAGCUGGGAGGAGCGAGCUGGAGGGAGCGAUCUGGUGGUCUGUGAAGAGCAUGAGGAGAACCCGUGGAUCAGAGCAAAGGAGAAUCUAACAGUCCCUGUGCCUUUGGAGCAGAGGGAGCGUGGCACUGCAGAGGAACAGCCAAGCUGCCUCAUUUCAGACUUUGUCAAGAGAGAUUCAAGCUUUGCACACAACUCUGGAGAAGAAGACAAGACUCCAGGAGCGCAUAAACGGAUCAGAAAACCCAGCAAGAGGUUGAUCGAAUGGACCGAGGAGUACGAGCAAAUUUUCUGCUCGAGGAAGAAAACCAAAAAGCCUCUCCAGUUGAUUGGAAAGGCCAGUCCGACACCCUUUACCUCGGCGCCUGAACUUCUGGACUCUGACAACAACGCGAGCGACCCCCCUCCCCCGACUGUGCUCCCGGAAAUACAGACCCCCCCUCCUGAGGAAAUACCUGCAACGACACCACCGGAACUACAAAUUCCUACCAACCAACACACCUGUCCCCAAGUCACACCGGUGCUGUCCACCGACACACUGACGCCCCCACCGGAUGUGGAGCCCCCGCUGUCAGAAGUUAUCCCUAAAGGCAACAGGGAAGCAAGUCUUCCUGUGCUGGAAAAGAAGCGGAAGAGGAAACCCACCCAGAAGAUUCUGGAAUACUGUCUGGAGGCAGAAGCCUCAACAGGCCCAAAGAAGAAGAUCAAAGGACUAAGAAAUAAUUCAAGCUCCGCCCCUCCUUCAGAUUCUGCUCCACCACCACCAUUAAAGCUGAAGACUAAAGUAGCUUUGAACCCCACGCCAACGUCUGAGGUCACCACCUGCACACCCACACCAUCUAUUCCGAACAAUCACAGAGCCGCUCUGCCCCCCCAUCCAGCCCCGUCUCCACCUGAACCCCGGCAGGAGGAGACAGCAGAAGCAGAUGCUCCUCACGCUGAGGAGCAGAACAGCCCAGAUGACCCAAAGGAUGUGUCAGAAGGAGAGGGUGACCAGUGCAGCCUGGACCACAGCUUCUCCUCCGGAAAGGACGACUUGGGACUCUGUGACGACUCUGCUUUACCGGCGAGGAAGAUCAUAGGGGACAGAGGAGGACCGGCGUCCAUGAAAGAAACCAUAUGUCAGGUGUGUGAGAAGACCGGAGAGCUGCUGCUCUGUGAGGGUCAGUGCUGUGGAGCCUUCCACCUGCCCUGCAUCUCUCUAGCCGACGCCCCCAAAGGGAAGUUUAUCUGUCCAGAGUGCAAAUCAGGCGUCCACACCUGCUUUGUGUGUAAGAAGCGUGGCGAGGACGUGCGGCGCUGCAUGAUCCCUGUGUGUGGGAAGUUUUACCACGGAGAGUGCAUCACGAACCACGCCCCGACUGCCCCCGUCAACCGAGGCUUCCGCUGCUCCAUCCACGUCUGCCUCACCUGCUUCAUCGCCAAUCCCAACAGCUCGUCCAUCUCUAAAGGCCGCCUGGUGCGAUGUGUGCGCUGUCCAGUGGCCUACCACGCCACGGACCUGUGCAUGGCGGCGGGAAGCGUCGUACUCUCCAACAACAGCAUCAUCUGCCCCAACCACUUCACCCCUCGCCGGGGGGUCAAGAACCACGAACACGUCAACGUCAGCUGGUGCUUCGUCUGCACAGAAGGGGGGAGCCUCCUGUGCUGUGAGUCCUGUCCUGCUGCAUUUCACCGGGAGUGUCUCAACAUCGAAAUGCCUAAAGGCAGCUGGUACUGCAACGACUGCAAGGCCGGGAAGAAACCACGCUAUAAAGACAUCCUGUGGGUGAAGGUCGGCCGCUACAGGUGGUGGCCUGCAGAGGUCAGCCAUCCCAAAACCAUCCCAGAGAACAUCCAGCGCAUGAGACACGAUGUCGGCGAGUUCCCCGUUCACUUCUUCGGUUCCAACGACUACUUGUGGACCUACCAGGCCAGAGUCUUCCCUUACAUGGACGUGGACGCCAACAGUAAAGAGAAAAUGGGGAAAGGCGUCGACACAACCUACAAGAAAGCUUUGGAAGAGGCCGCCGUGCGAUUUCGGGAGCUGCAGGCGGAAAAGGAGCUCCGACAGCUUCAGGAGGACAGGAAGAACGACAGGAAACCACCGCCGUACAAACACAUCAAGGUGAACCGACCAAUAGGAAAGGUGCAGAUCUUCACCGCAGACCUGUCCGAGAUCCCACGCUGUAACUGCAAGGCAACAGACGAGAGUCCAUGUGGGACGGACUCGGAGUGCAUCAACCGCAUGCUGCUGUACGAAUGCAACCCGCAGGUUUGUCCAGCGGGGGAGAAGUGCCUGAAUCAGGCCUUCACCAAGCGUCAGUACAGCCAGGUGGAGAUCUUCAGAACGCUGUCUCGAGGGUGGGGGCUCCGCUGCGUCCACGACAUCAAGAAGGGUCAGUUUGUCAGCGAGUACGUGGGGGAGGUGAUCGACGAGGAGGAGUGCAGGUCCAGGAUCAGACAUGCUCAGGAGAACGACAUCUGCAACUUCUACAUGUUAACUCUGGACAAAGACCGAAUCAUCGAUGCCGGUCCAAAGGGGAACGAGGCCCGUUUCAUGAACCACUGCUGCCAGCCGAACUGCGAGACCCAAAAGUGGACGGUGAACGGAGACACCCGGGUGGGGCUGUUCGCUCUCGUUGACGUCAAAGCAGGCACGGAGCUGACCUUCAACUACAACCUGGAGUGUUUGGGGAACGGGAAGACGGUGUGCAAAUGCGGAGCUCCGAACUGCAGCGGCUUCCUGGGCGUGAGGCCGAAGGUGAGGAGCGCCUGCUGCUUUCAUUUCAGGGUCGAGCCGGCGCUAACGCUGCUGUUCAAUCUCCCCUCAAAGAACAACCCUCCCUCUGACGACAAAGGCCGUAAGAUGAAGAGGAGAGGCCACGGCAGGAGGAAGAAGAAGGUGGUGUUGGCCAAAGAGAGAGAGGACGAGUGUUUCAGCUGUGGAGAUGGAGGGCAGAUGGUCUCCUGCAAGAAGCCCGGAUGUCCUAAAGUGUACCAUGCAGACUGCCUGAACCUCACCAAGAGGCCUGCUGGUCGGUGGGAGUGUCCGUGGCAUCAGUGCGACGUUUGCGGGAAGGAGGCGGCGUCCUUCUGUGAGAUGUGUCCCAGCUCGUACUGCUCCCAGCAUCGCGAGGGCCUCCUCUUCAUCUCCAAGCUGGACGGCAAGCUGUCCUGCAGCGAGCACGACCCGUGCGGGCCGGAGCCGCUGGAGCCGGGGGAGAUCCGCGAGUACAACCCCGCCCCCAGAGCCCUCCCCCCGGGUCUGGGCAUGGCCGUCAUCCCCACCGCCGCCUCCAGCUCCGCCCGGAGCCUCCAGCAGACCGACAGGAGCGCUCAGGAGGGGAGUGACGGAGGAGCUGCCGGCGAGGCUUUUCCUCCUUUCUCCAUCAAAGUCCCCAUCACCAUUCCAGUCGCUGCUCCUGCUGCUUCGCCCCCCCGCACUGACACUCCCAGCAGCCCCUUCCACCUCCCCCACUACUCACCCAUCUCCUCAUACGAGGAGGAGAGGGAUGUCUUUGAGGAGGACGACGAAGAGGAGCUGCUGGAAGACUCUCACGAUGAUGGAGAGGCGGUGAUGGAGGAAGAGGAGGAGGAGGAGGAGGAGGAAGAGGAGGAGGAGGGGUUGGAGUACUUGGAGCUGGAAGAGGAGGAGGAGGAGGAUGAAGAUGAAGAAGAAUAAACAAACCAGUCACCACGACAGAAAGUUGACUGAUUAUUCGGUCGCUGUCGUCACGAGAGAUUUUUUUUUUACUAAUUUAUUUAAACAGAUGAAUUGUGAAGCUUUUAAAUAAAAAACAUAGUUAUUGAUAAACUGACAUAAAUAUAAACAAUCUUUUAUUUAAA